AUGAUGGAUAACAUUUUGGUUAUGUAAUACUAAUAUUUCUAAUUGAAACUUAUCCAUCAUUUGUAUUUUAGGAUGUAAAAAUUAAUUAUCCAGAAGUUUAAUUAGGCUGUUAAUAUGUAAAAGUAACUGUUUUUACUUCAUAAGCAAAAUCAUCACAAAAUCCAGACGUAGAUUGAUAAUUUUUAGGGGAAGUGUAGUUAUAUGUGUAUUAAACUUAAUUUAUCAUUAUAGUAACUGUUUGAGAUGUCCAUGUACCUUGAAAGUAGAAAUCUACUGAAAAUAAAUACCCAUUCUUUAGUGUUAUCAUAAAUGAACUUCUUGUUUAUGGGUAUGUGCUAUUUAGAGUGAUAUAGCUUGUUGAAGGUGAAUUACAAUCUAUAAAAUUUGCUGUUGUUUCUCUAGAUGGCAACAAAAAGCCUCCUGAAUGCAUUUAGGCUGAUGAAUCAUUUUUAUAGGUAAAUUUGGCAUCAGAAUAUAGGAGAUGGUAUGA